AUGUCACAAACAAGUGCAUUUUCUCGUUUUGAAAAUGCUAAUCAAUUUCGUCCCGAUGGUAAAUCAACGACAUCGGAUAGAUUUAAUUUAGAGACACUGUUUAAUUUUUCAACUUUACAACCCAGAGUUCAAACGCAUCUUAAAAAUGUUUAUACUUGUUUAUUAAUUACUACAGUAUGUGCAGCAUUAGGUGUUUAUUUACCUAUGAUAGGCUGGCUUAAUUAUCCUCGUUUGGCUGUAUUUGCAUCAAUAAUAACAAGUAUUUGGCUUUUUACAAUUGAUUUAAAUGCUCGUACACAAAUAAAAUGUUUUGGAUUAAUGUCAGUAACGGCUUUAUUUAUUGGUAUUUAUUUAAGUCCACUAAUUAAUUUAGCUAUUAAUGUUGAUCCUCAAAUCGUUAUAACAGCAUUUUUAUUGACAACAACUAUUUUUAUUUGUUUUACACUUAGUGCAUUACUUACACGAAAACGAACAUAUUUAUAUUUAGGAGGUUUACUUGGUACGGGUACCUCAGUUAUGAUUAUACUUAGUUUAAUGAAUGUAUUUGGAUUUGGGCAAUCACAACUUAUUUUUAAUAUUAAUCUUUAUCUUGAUUUAUUUAUUGCAUGUGGUUAUAUUUUGUAUGAUACUCAAUUGAUUGUUCAACGAGCUGUUCAAGGUGAUAUGAAUUAUGUUAAACAUGCAAUUCUUCUAUUUAUCGAUAUGGUUGACUUGUUCGUUCGUAUUCUCAUAAUUUUGCUUAAAAAUUCACAAAAUAAAAAUAAGAGAAGCAACAAUCGUUAA